CUCAGAUGUGAUUGUGCCGCCACGCGGAGCCUAUUGAAUUUUCCAGAUGACGGAGGGGCUUUCAAAUUGAUUCUAGGAAGAGAUAAGCAAACAUUGCAUUCGCCAGCCAUUACAGCCACGAAUAACGUAGAAUUGAUUUUUUGUGCUGGUAAUCAUUUAUCGCAUACACAAAGCAAAGUGCAGCAGCAAGCAAACAACAAUUCAUCAUGGGCUCUACAAUACCGACGGAUGAGCUUCCAGCCCUCCGAACUCAACCCAAGAUCAUCUUCUUCACGGACUUUGACGGAACAAUAACGGUACAGGACUCCAACGACUGGCUGACGGACAACCUCGGCUACGGCCGCGAGAAGCGGCGGGCGGCCAACAUUGACGUGCUCGAGGGCCGCGUCGACUUCCGCGACGUCUUCACUGGCAUGCUGGAGUCGGUCCCCGUGCCCUUCAACAAGUGCGUCGACCUGCUGCUCGAGAACGUCGAACUCGACCCGGCGUUUGCCCGCUUCUACGAGUGGUGCCGCGACAACAACGUCCCCAUCGUCAUCCUGAGCGGCGGCAUGCGGCCCAUCAUCCAGGCCCUGCUCCGGAAGCUGAUUGGGGAGGAGGCCGUGAGCAACAUCCAGAUCGUGAGCAACGACGUCGCCGUCAGCAAGGGAAAAGCUACCAUGGAUGAGCCCAAUGGCUGGGAGAUUGUGUUUCAUGAUGACAGCGGGUUUGGCCACGACAAGUCGAUUGAGAUUCGCAAAUACUCGAGCCUCAAGGAGAGGCCAAUCAUGUUGUACGCUGGUGAUGGCGUGUCGGAUCUGUCUGCUGCCAAGGAGACAGACUUGCUGUUUGCCAAAGAGGGCCGUGACCUCGUCAAGUUCUGCGAGACCGAGAAGGUGCCUUACACAACGUUCUCCGACUUCUCAUCUAUCCUAGAGACAGUCAAGGACUUGUCAGAUGGCAAGUUGAGCGUCAAGGAUGUGGCAAAGAAGUUUGAUUGAAGGAUAUAAACAGGAUUGAUCACACAAACAACAUGAAAUCGGAGUGCAGACGGUAUAGAGACUGCAUUGGAUUUCGUUAUUGUUAGAACUGACGGCUACUCCUUUUGCUAUAGUGAGCGAUAUUCCGUUACGAUAGACCAUGAUAGAAUAAGAAACGAAUAAGAAAAAUAAAUCGACUUGGAGUGGUCCACGCAGAGCUGACACUGACAGCCGACUUUGAAGAUGCCCCUUCCCACCUACUCAACACGCUUGCGCUCCCUGUUCAACCACCACCAACAAACCGCCAUAAUACCAAAAAGCCCAAUCGCGAUGGGGUGUAGCACAAAAGUCCCAGCCACCUGCGCCAACAGCCCGGUCGUAAACGGUGCGGCGGCACCUCCCGAGCUCCCAAACGCAGUGAUGACCCCCAUGCCGCUCAGCCUCUCGCGGCGGCCCAUCAACCGGAGCCACACGGUCACGCCGCAGGGGUAGACGGGACCCAGAAGCAGCCCGACUAUGGAGACGCUCACGGCAUUUCCGAUGACGUUGGGCACGGCCCAGACGAGCGCCUCGAAGACGGCGGAGCCAAAGGUGCAGACGAAGACGAAGCGGACCUCGCGUCCGGCGACGCGGGUGCUCAAACCCGGCGCCGCUACCAGCAGCCGGCCGAUUGUGAUUCCAGCCCAGAAACCUGCCGUGACGUAACCGACCGAAGCGGGGUCGCCGCCGCGCGCCGUGAUGAGGAACGAAAUGACCCAGCCGCUGAUGGAGACCUCGGCACCCUGGUAGGCAAAGCUGAAGAGGGCGCAGACGAGGAUUACGGGGUUGCGGAGGGCUUGGAGCAUAGUGCCUAGACCGGGGGUGGUUUUGGGCGGUAUUGUGACGCUGUCGUUUGGCGCCUGCUGGACAGGUUGGGCUGAUUCUGGCUCAUAGUGACGAAACGAGAUGUAGGCGAAAACGCCGUUGAAGACAGCCAGACCCAUGGUGAUGAAGUAGUAUCUCGACCAUGCGUCUGUGGUAGCGCCGGGGGCCGUGACGAUGGACGUGGCGAUUAGGGGACCUACGGUGCCGCCGAUGCCGUAUGCGCCGUUAAUGAUGCCGAGAAGAGCGGUCCCCG